AUGUCAGUAGAUCAAGAUGAAGAUCUACGGCCAGAGGAGGCUGCAGUGCUUGAGCAGCUAGAGCUAAUGUCGAGCCAGUCAUCACAGCCGUACGUUCCCCACGUCUUGUCUGUGAUUGGCGAGGAGUCUGAGCCGGCGACAACGUCGAGUCAGAGCAACAGUCACAGCCAUAGCCACAGCCAUAGCCGUACUGGGGCUGGGAGUAACAGGAGCAGAGCUUCAUCCGCUAAUGACGAUCUACCCCGCUUUACCCCCGAUAUCAAAUCAAUCGACGACGCUGAAACGCUCAGUUCUCCAUCGCCAUCGAGUAGAGACGGCAAUUCACAGCCACCAUCGAGCUCGCAGCACAUCCCAACCAUAUCGAGCGCCUCUAGAAGUGCUUCUGUUCGCUCAUCUGGUCAGCCUAGCUCUAUCCCGUCGAUCCCCUCGCAGUACUCGGCACGGCUCGAUACACCAGCGUUCAGUGAUUCCCCCUUCAUCACUUUCGAUCAGCAGUCUUCCCACUCAAGGAGCAAUUCUGCUUCCAACUCUGCCAACUCUGAAAUUAGCAGCAGGGCUGGUAACCUCAUUGCCUUUUUCGAAAGCGGCAAGGAGAAGGAGGAGCAGAAGCCUGAGCAGAAAUCUGAGCAGAAAUCUGAGCAGAAAUCUGAGCAGAGACCUCAGCAGAGACCUGAGCAUAGCACCUCUCCUCCAAUCAGCAAAGUCAUUCAAACAAAGCGCCCCAUCAACCUCAACAGAAACAAGGACGAUAAUAAACCACGUCCACGCAAACAGACUCAGAUUCAGCCUUCUCUACCAUCUUUACCCUCACCCACCCACCACGAAAGUCUCACCGACGGCUGGGAAACUUUGAUCAGCUCGUCGACCCCAACGGAUUUCUCCACCCCUCUUUCCUCACAUAAAACUCCUAUGACCUCCCAGCGCCCCACUUCUCCAAUAGACUUGUCCAGCUUCGAUGAUAUCACUGAACAGAUUGCUCGUGCUGGCACUCUCUGGUAUCUUCACGUACACGACGGCACUCCCUAUCGAUGGGUACGUGCUAGAGCCGCGCUUCUACCAACGACCCUCAAACUUUCAUUCCUACCAUCACCUGACUUGUCCAGCUUUAGACUACAGCGUCAGAUUGUCACCCUUGACCUCAACCAUUGCUCAGAAGUCCGCUCCGUCGCAAGUCCUUCUAACCCCGCAUCGCACAAGUUGGAUCUCGGUUUAGUGGCCGCACGCGAGCAGGGUGGUUUAGAGGGUGUCCUUAAUCCCUUCGUUCUCGUCUAUCAAGAUGGCUGGGAGAGGUUGGCUACAGAUAGCGCCCGUGAGCGUGUACAAUGGGUCGGUGCAUUCUGGGAUGUCAUCAGACCCAUACAGACUCCCCAGACCAGGAUGCUUGUUAGAGCGCCUUCGAUUGCCUCGACAUCUGCUUCGUCCGCCACAUCUGCCACAUCGAGAAACUCGCCCCUCUUGCCCGGUCAAACCACCCUCACUGGCACACCUAUAGUCAGGAGACCGGUAUCACCAUCCAAUUCCAACGCUGGCUCGGUGUCCGCUUUUAACGUCAGGUCUGAGGAUUUUGGCGCUCCUGAACCUACAGCUAGCGACUCAGAACAGCAGUCGAACAGCAGCAUCCAGAAGAGCAGAAGUAGAGGCAGGUCGUCGACGUCGAAAAAGAAGAGGGAGAGUCUUGAUGAUUCGUCUAUUGGGUUGGUCGCCGGUACGUCCACCUCAGACACUGUGCGCGGAUUGGGCAUCCUUUCAGAUACGUGGGACUCGCGAGACACGCGAGACACUCGAGACGGAAGUGCAAAUGACAGCGAGGCUGACGAUAUCAUUUUCCCUCCGUCUGUGUCCGUUAGGGCACACAGAAGAGGCGGGCGCAGGAAAAUGUCGGGAAGGUCAUCUGAUGACAGCGCGAGUGGGAGCGGAGGCGGUAGUGGUGGAUCGUCGUCUAGCUCAACUUCAACUAUCCUGUCCGCAUCGAAGAAGAGCGACGCUAAGAGCAUUGGCGCUAGCACAGAGAGAAUGCUCAGGUCGCCCAAGCUCGGUCAGCUGGCUGAAGAUGCCGAUGAGGAGGAUGUCGAGACUCAAUCAGCUUCAGCUUCAGGAUUAGGUUCAGGAUCAGGAUUAGAUUCAAAGACAAAGUCGGCAAAUAGUGUGCCUCAAAAGGUGGAGAAGGUGGAGGAGUUAGAAAAGGAGAAGGAGAAAGAGCUUGUGGAGACUGAGAUUGAGCGAGAGAAUCAGGAUACACCCUCUCCUCAGCAACCCGAAACUGCAACAACACCCAAGUCAAACCAUUCAGGGAAAUCUAGAUCCCAUUCUCGCACUCAUUCUGCAAUAUCUAUUCAAAAUACUCCUGAAAUGGGUGCACAGAGUACGCAUGAUACUUAUCACACUCAAGACCCUCAAGACACCCACGCUCAAAACACCACUGACUUAAUGCGCUCCCUCCCUUCUUCCUACCCCUCUCAAUCCCAGCAACCAUCCCAAAUUGAUACAAGAGAAACUGCAGAAAAUGGCGCAAGCACCAAUGAGCUGCUAAGGUCGUUGUCGAGAAAGUCAUCCAAUCCUUCGACGGUGAAGAGAGCUGAGAGACUGUCCACAUCGCAUAAGUCUCUAGCUCAGUUAGUUGAUGCGCUAGGUGACAGUUCUGAGGAUCAGGAAUUGAAAGAUGCUUUGACCGAAUUGAUCAGCAAGAGCAAGAGUGGCACACCUGAGCAAAACAGCACUCCAACUGAGAGGAGUCUGCCUUUGAGCAGACGAAGUGGAAUGAAAAAGGUGGUCAGCAACGCUUCAUCUAACCGUUCCUCAAAAAUUCAGAGCAAAGAAAAAACUAUGUCGACAGAGUACCACACUGCUCAAACUAACUCACCUAGUUCCAACACCCCUGUCGUGACGAGUACAGCUACACAAGCACCACCGACAACUCAACCUUCGCCUCACACGAGCAGCUCCCCAUCAGCAUCAGCUCAUAUCCCAACCAACACCACUGAACCCAACACAACUGAAAGAAAAACUCCAUCCGUGUCGUCUUCCAAGAAAUCAUCAACGAAGCCCUCCAGAAGCAGGUCUCAGAAGAGCUCGUUCAAGGCACGCUCAGAUGUACCUCCACCCGAGCAGAGCGCUGGUGUUGACGCUGCUAGUGAGAGUGGAGAGUUUGAGGACGAGGAAGACGACUUUGACAUGGAUUUGUUAGCUCCAUCGCGCACAGCUUCACCUGAAUCGGUGUGGCCUCCGUCAAGAGUGUCGUCUUUGGUUAGCAGGAAAGCUCCAACGACUGUAUCAACUGUGUCGCGCUCCUCAACGAUCGAUUCGAAGUUUUUGGCGCCGACGAUUAUUUCAGAAUCAUCCGAGGGUACCUCAAUCCCAUUAGAUAGAAGCAGUGAUGCGAAAACUAUCACUCAAGAUAUGGUUCACGGAGAGUUGGAUAAAAAUUUCCUCACGUCUGAGCUCCAGAAGCUAUUCAAUGCGUUGCUAGCCAGAGAAUCGGGUAGGACUAACAAUACUGACGAUAUCCUUAAUGCUAUCCAAAAGGAGCUCGGUGGCUUAGCUGACGCAAUCAGAGUACUUCCGUUUAGGAGAAGGGGCAGUGGUGACAUUUCUGUCACAACCGAGGGCAAGCUUACGGAUAAUCAAUCAGUGCCUGAUCUCCCGUCUGAGCCUAAACCCGAAAGCUUUGAUAACAGGUCCGGUGAUCUUCUUCGCGAUGUGAGGAAGAAGUCAAGUAUGUCAUACAUCCCUCCACCGCCAGUACAUGAUGACAAGCCUAUUCACGAUUUGGAGAAUAAGGUAAAUGGACUCAUUGAUGUCUGCCGCGAUGCUCUCGAUUCUACUGGGAGUGAUAAGCGUAUCAGAGAUGCCAACGAGGAGCGAAACAACGCUCAUAUGUUAAGAUUGGAGAAUCUUGUCAGAAAUUUAAUCAGACACUUCACUAAGGGUGGUGCUUCAAGUAUAUCCAGCUGGCCAGACAUGAUGUCAGAACAUCCGUUUGACGACGAUGGAGAGGAACUAAGUGCUGAUUUAGAUGCGGAGCUGGAUGAUGGAGCAUCUAGCUCGACAGUAACGCAAAAACCGGCUGUCGAGCAGGUUCAGCCUAGCGUGGAUGACAUGUACCCGCAUGACUCAAUAUCCAUGAGGGAUCUAAUGGGACCCCUCCCAACUCCGCCUAUAUACGCAUCUCACGAAUAUUCGGAGCCUGAGGUUCCUCACUUGUCAAGAGCCGAGAGGGACUUCACUUCGCGCAGACGGUGGGCGAGGUCUGAGUCACCACCUGCCAAGUCGCUCUCAAGUGUUUCUACUGAAACGGCGGAUGAGGAGUACGACGAUGUCAUGUACCCCGAUGUCUACGAUCCAGAACCUGGCCCACCGCUCGAACAGGGAUACCUUGAAGAGCUACCACGAGAGACAUUGCAGAAACCAGUGCCAGAUCCAGUUCCAGAGCGUCAGCCAACACCAAGAAUACAAGUUAAUGAAGGCGGAUAUCCACGGACUGAGAAGGAAAGCAAUACUCACGAUUUCAAACCUCCUCUCGAACGUCUCAACAGACCUCCGCCUAUCAGACCCAAUGGAAUGGCUAUGCCAAUGCCAGGCCGACCGCCAAUGAUGAGAGGACCUCAUAUGGCCAUGCCUAUGCCAUACAAUGUCAGAGGCGGGUUUAGACCGCCACCUAACUUUAACGGAUUCGUCAGACCAGCUGCGAACAAUUUGAGGGGAUUCCAUCCUCCAAUGCUUCCUCCGCAGAUGGGUGGUGCACCAUAUCGUCCACCACUGAUGAGACCUGCUGGUAUGGGCGCAGGCCCAAUGCAUGGUGCUGGUCCUAUGCCAAUGAAUGGAUCAGCCCCAAUGAGAAACAACCCCACGUUCAGACCUAAUCCCACGUUCAGGCCUUCUCCUAUGAUGGAUGGCAUGAGAGGCGGUUCAUUUGCAAGACCUAUGCAAAUGCCUCCGCCGGGUGUCCCACCUGGAGGGAUGGGUAUACCUCUCCGAUUCGGCUCUGAUUUCCAUCCAGGCUUCAACGAAACGCUGUACAAUACAAGAAGAGCUGGAUGGAAUACGGAAGAGAUUCUGAGACACCAGAUGGAUGCAGAUAGAUAUCUGGGGGCACUCAACAAUUGGCUCGAGAGAGAGGUGUCAGCCAAGAUCAACGAGUGGGGUCCUGUUCAGCGCCAAAUCAAGGAGAUGGAGGUAGUACUGCGCGAUGUUCGCGAUUCAGUUAAUAGCUCGAGGGGUAUUCCACCUGGUGACAGUCGCGGAUUGGCGCCGUCGACCGCGGCCGACCCUCAUACUAUGCCCGGUCCUUCCGGAGCAUCUCGUGGUAUUACACCUACUAAUGGCCAAGAGCCUCACUCAAUGGGUGAUCCGUCAGGCGGUUCUCGUGGUAUGCCUGACCCAUCGGGCGAAUCUCGUGGUAUGGCCGAUCCAUCAGGCGGCUCUCGUGGAAUGGGAGACCCUUCUAACGCUGGAUUGCAUAAGAAUGAGGCGACUGGAUCGCAAUUGCCAUCUGAACACGGUCAACACGAUCAAGGUGCGUCACUUCCUGAUGAGGGUGGUCCUAGAUCUGUAGAUGGGAAACCCCAAGGCAUGAAUCCGGAAGGAGAAGGUGCAGUGCUUCCUGAUGAAGGUGAUGCCAGAUCCAUGGGAGGCAAACCUGAAGGCGAAGUAGGUGCAGUGCUUCCUGAUGACGGAGCUGUCAGAUCCACUGGAGGCAGGCCUGAAGGUAAAGAAAAUUCAGGAGAGAAGGGACCACCAUUCGCAGCUCUUAGAUCUAAUAAGCCAUUCUCAGAGGAGAUUCCAGGACUCAACAAGCUUCUAGGAAAAGGCAAAGGUAGAGGUUCGCCUCAGAAGCCACCGGCAAGUCACGGCGUUGGUAGUCACGCUGGCACUCAAGCCGGAUCACCGCCUCCAGGUGAAGCUACCUUAGGUGCUGAUACAAAUGAAUAUCCACCACAGGAGCAAGCACCAACUCAUGCGGAUAGCAACGUUCCUCCAAGUCAUGCUCCAAGUCAUGCCGCUCCAAGUUACGCUGGAUCACCUUACCGCCAGGAUGGUGAACUCGGUGGUGCUCCUCCCUCAGAUAGAAACCUUGGCUCCGGGCCAGCUGACCCUGGCAGCCAGGCUCCGGAUGGUAUUGCUCCUUCUCACUCAGCUAGCAAUGUCGGGCCUAACCAUGGGGCUCCAAGCCACGUCCCAUCCCCUGUCGGCCAGGGUGUAGAGCUCGAAGAUGGUCCUGAAUCUGGUAUUCCCCAGGACAGAAAAGUAGGGUUUUCUUCUGCGCCAACUGAACUCGGCAGCAAUGCUCCACCGCCCGGGAAACCUGCCGGUAAGGCGCCUGGAUCUAGCAAGGGUGGCAGCAGAUCUGUAAAAGGUGGCAGCAAUGCUCCUCAGUCUGGUAAGGGUUCUAGUAAUGCUCCUGGUAGUGCCGCCCCUCCAAGCACUGUUCCUCCAAGCACUGCCGCAAACGAUGCUUCGGUCGGCAGUGAUGUUCCUCAACCUGGGAAAGCAGCUAGUGAAGCUCCUCCACAGUCUGAUAGAGGUAUCGCUCCUCAAGCUGAAACACCAGCUGAUCCGCCAUUCGUCGGUGAUGCUUCUCAGCCUAAUAGCUCUCAAUCUCCCACGGGAAAUCAUGCUGGUGAGGCAGGAACCCUCGGUGAUGCGCCACAAAACUCAGAUGCUCAACCACAAAAUGCUGCUGGAAAUGAAAUCACGCGUCUGCCUACUCCGGGUGGUGAUCAACAACAUGAUGUACCUCUCAGUCUUCAGCCUGGCGUAUCUCCAGUCUUCGGCUCCCCAGCCAGGAGCAACGCUGAUGGAAUUGCUCCAUUUGCCGGUGGAAAAGGUGGAAAGGGUAGUAAGGGCAAGAAAGGCAAGAAGGACAGUAGUGGAGGUGGAGAAGCUAGGAGCAUGGGCAAUGUUGGGAGUGAGCCAGACGUUGCACCCCCUGCGCCUCCUGCUGAACAAGAAGCCGCUGCUGGUGGGAAUCUAGUAGGUGACUCCAACUCAAAUGGUAAGGGACCCUCACCUGCAGGCUCUACUAGAGCGCUUGGCGAUGCUCCACAAGAACCUGGAAAUGUUAAGUUUGCUGAACCAGGAAGUAAAGGUCCUUCACCAGGAGAUACUGCCGGUGCACUUGGCGUCGCCCCACAAGACUCGGCGAAUGACAGUUUCCCUCCCAUGUUUGGUUCGCCAGCCCAUGACAACGUGCUCGGUGAUGUCUCACAAGCUCCAGGCGAUGGAAGUGUUCCUCCAGCUGCAGAAACGCCAGGUGCUGAUGGCGCUGCUCCAAUAGCCGGUGGUAAAGGUGGAAAGAAAGGAAAAGGAAAGAAGGGCAAGAAGGACAGUGCCGGAGAUGGCGAAGUCAGGAGUAUGGGCAAUAUUGGAAGUGAACCAGACGCUGCAGUUCCUUCUGACCAAGCACAAGACAAAAUCACCGCAGAAUAUCCUGACGCAAACGUCAAAGACCCUUCACCAGCAGGUUCCACAAGAGCACUUGGCGAUGCUUCACAAGCUCCAGAAGACGCUAAUUUCCCUCCUAUGUUAGGCUCGCCAGCACACGAUAACGUGCUAAGUGAUGCUCCGCAAGCUUCAGGUGGUGACAGUAUCCCACCAGUUUCUGAAACGCCAGCGAGUGAUGGCGCUGCUCCAGUUGCUGGUGGAAAAGGUGGAAAGGGUAGCAAGGGCAAAAAGGGCGAUGAGGUCAACAGCAUUGGUAAAGUUGGCACUGAGCCAGACGCUGAAGCUCCUGCCGAACAAGAAGCCACCGCGAAUGAAAUCCCACCAGGUUUCUCUGACGCGAACGGCAAAAGCCCCUUACCAGCGAGUACUACUAGAGCACUCAGUGACGCACCUCAAGCUCCAGGUGAUAACCAUGUACAUCCAGUAUUAGGCUCACCAGCCAAGGACAAUGCGUUCAGUGACGCUCCUCAAGCUUCAGGCGAUGACAGUGCUCCACCAGUUGCUGACAUUCCAGCUGCUGAUGGCUCUGCUCCAGUUUCCGGUGGAAAUGGCGGAAAAGGUGGAAAGGGUAGUAAAGGCAAGAAGGGCAAAAAGGACAGUUCUGGAGAUGGUGAAACCAUGAGCAUGGGCAAUGUUGGUACUGAGCCAGGCUCUGAGGAUCCUGUCGACAAGGUACAAGAUGUCGCCACUGGAGGCGAUCCAUCAACAUUUGGCGAUGCUUCACAAGCUCCUGACGAAGCCGCUGCUUUUGAACCAGGUACCAAAGGCCCUUCACCAGCAGGUACCACCAGAGCACUCAGUGAUGUACCUCAAACACCAGGCGCAGGAUCUGCGGAUCCAAACUCUACUGAUCUUCCAGAAGCCGCCCAGAAGGUGGAAAAUGUGCUCAAUGAUGCUACCAAUGGUCAACAUCGUCGCGAUCCUGGUAUUGAUUCUAUCUUGGAUAUCCUCAGUAAAGCAUUCCCUGGUGAGCCUUCAAAGGAGGCUGCCAAGGAAGCACCAGCUACUGGAAUGAGCGAUGCUGAAAGAGGUGCUCUUGAGGAUAAGGCAAACACUGCAUCAAAGGAACGUGAUGAUGCUCACAGCAAACUGAAUGAAAUACUUGCUGUUGAAAGGGCACUCUCUGAAGAGAGAAAUAAAAAUGCAGAAAAGGAGAAGGCUGAGUUACAGCAGAAAGUAAAGGAUGCUGAAGCUGAGAGAUCGAAACUAGAAUCUCAGCUGGGAGAUGUUAACAAGAUGCGUAAUGAACACCACAAGUUAAUUGCUGAUUCGCUCAAGCAAUUAACGUCAUUUACGACCGCUGAAGCAGAUAGACUAAAGCAGGCCUCUUCAAAGCCAACUUUACAGGACAUUCGCGAUAUGAUAGAGCAUCAAAAUGAUGAAAACAGCAAAUUGCUAAAGGUCGUUGCAUCUGAUAUUAUUCUGCAUAACACAUCUCAACAUAGAAGUACCGUUGGCAGCGUCGAAAAGUCUAAUGCUACUGCUAUGAAAGGAAAUAUCGAUACAGCUGUUGAUGAGUUUAAGAAGCAACUGUUGCCAGAAGUACGAGGCUUGGUGAAGGAAAUUGGCGAUCUCAGAGAACAAAAGAGAGGCCUUCAACACGAAAUUAGUGAAUUAUUCGCCAUCAAGUCAAAGCAGGGCAACGGCGCACCACCUCCGCCAAAGGUUGAUUACAAUCCUCGUGCACCACCUGCCAAAGAGAACAACAAAAAGGAUGACAAGCCAAAAGAUCCAGCCCAACCACCACCACCAGCUUGGCUUAGCUGGCAGCCACCAGUAAACUUUGCCCCACCGCCAUUGCCAUCUCAACCACGCUAA